AUGUCACGCGCGCUUCUCUGCAUUUUUCUUUUGGCAUUUACAAAGACAAUUCUAGAAGCCUCACCAGUUGGAGAUGCGAGGCUCGUGUACCCGCGUUUAAUAGAGGCUCGGGCUCCCGGUAAUCAGUUGAUGCUCUUCAUCAAUGAGAAUAUUACAUUAUCUCUGCAACCAGUCGAUAUUUUUCCGGAUAAGUUUCUGUUACAGUUCAAUGAUGGGAAAGCCUCAGUAAACCAAUACAUCAAGGGUACGGAACUUGGCAAGUUGGUAUAUCAUGACAAGGAUCAAAAAUCGGCUGUUUCUCUUGAACGAGAUAACGGACUGCACGUGAAUGGAAUAAUCCGCAACUCACUAAGAAUAAGACCAGCUACCCUAAUGGGGAGAUCAAUUGACGAACUCAUUGCUCAUGAAAUUUUUGAGGUUCAAGAGUCUUUUCCAAAUACCGAUCAUGACGUACCGGUGCCUGGUUUGCCAGUUAAACUGCUCAGGCAGAGGUAUUCACAAGGUAAAAUUCCCGAAAAAGUGCACAUCGAAAUGGCAAUUAUAGCGGACACAGACAAGCAUAAGAACUAUAAAAAAACAAUGGAUGUGGCGCUUUACGCUGCUGUUCUGAUUGCUGCUGUAAGUAUUAAAUAUAUAUGCCAUUUUAUCCUCAACGUCUUCAAGCUGAUUGUUUACUUCUCAUUCAUAAGUUAUAUGAAGUUCAACAAUGAAUUUUUUCUAACGCCCCUUUACGCCUACUUUUGUUAG